AUGGCUGACCACCGGUUCCCCGUCUCGGAGGAGUCGGAAGAGCGAACAGAACCCUUCUCCCAGUCCGAGAUUGAUUCGCGCAUGAAGAGCAUUCGAGUCGAGGAACCCGACUACGAUGUCAUGUACGAUACCGUCCCGCUGAACAAGCUGAUGGUCGAGGAGCACCAUCACAAGCAGGGCAUCCGCAUCCUUGUGCGCCCUCUCACCAGGAGUCGAUCCGUGAGUCCCGGCAACGGCAGCUGCCAGUGGCUGGCCCUGCGCGCAGAGGUUGCGUCUGAGGACGAGCCCCAUCACAAGGUCUUGGCCGUGACUCAGACAGCGAGAGAUAUCAAGUUCUCCGUGCGCAUCCCCUCCGAGCAUCUGGGUGAAGAUGAGGUGCAGCGCUCGGGUGUGUGGUGCGAGCUAUACUACGACCCAGCAAGCGAUAACCAGAUUCUCCUCAAUCGAUCCGAGGUCCCAAUAUCCCUGACAAGACUCUCCGACGACCCGGCUAGUAGUCCGGGUCCUUGUUUCGAGGUCAAACCCUACAUGUCCAAGGCCCUUUCGCCAGGCACAUGGCGCAUCAUUGUCGACAAUAUCUCCGUGCUCGAUUUCAGGGUGCUGGAAAAGGUGCCCGCCAUGCUGAAGCAGCAACAGCAACUUCCGGAGGCCAUGUCCAUGAGCUUUCUCAACUCGUCCGGAAAGAGGUCGUUGGAGGACACUGCUAAUGAGGCUGCCGACGGUAGAGAUGAUAAAAAGGCGAAGUUGUCCGACGACGCAGCACCGAACAAGAAUGACGGUGUCAUCAUGUUCCUCCGUCCCGCCGCCGAGCCACUCGUCUUCCCGUUACCCUCUGCGAACAAGGGCAAGGAGGUCGUGUCCACCAAUGGCCAUGCGCUCCUAGAUGUGGGCAACGACGAAAUGGUUGAGAUCCCUGGAAGCUGCGAAAUCGACGCGUAUACGGUUACCAAGCACGGCCAGAUCGCAUCAACGUCCCUCUCCUCUGUGUACACUGCCACCCAUUCCAACGUUCCCGAUGGCAUCGUCACCGUCAAAGUCCUCAAGACGCUUCCGAAUAGCUCCGCCGCUGCGCUCCAGCAGAAGCCACAAGAGGCUGAGCGCAACGUCAUCCGCCAAGCCGACAUGUGGCUCCGUGAAUACCAAUCACAAGACGACUUGCGCCACGACUCCAUCGUCCGCCUCUAUGGCGGCGACGCCCGUUUCCUUUCUCUCUACAUGGAACACGUCGAUGCGCGCGACCUGUCCGCCCGCGGCGUAUGGCGUUGUCCACGCAGCGACAACUUCAUCGGCGACCGCACCGAUGCCACACGCAUUCUGCGCGAUGUCGCCUCUGCUCUGCAUUACCUCCACAGCCGUCGUCUCGUCCACAAUGAUAUCAAGCCCGCGAACAUUCUGUACUCUCCAGCCCGCGGUGCCGUCCUUUGCGACUUUGGCCUCUCAACAAUGGCCGGCGGGCCCGCGACAAACGGCGGCACACCAUUCUACGUACCCCCGGAGUUCAUCGGGGCCCGGCAGCGCGGUCCCGCCUCGGACGUCUGGGCUCUCGGCGUCACAAUGCUCUACGUUCUCCGCCGCAUGCCUUUCCCCGACGGACGCGGACGCCAGGCGCACCCCAAGAGGCUAUACUGGGUCAUCGCCGACCUCAACCGGCCCGCGGGCCGCGCGCGCGGCGCCCAGGGCGCCGUCGAGCAGAUGAAGACGUGGCUCGGCGAGGUGCGCGAGGCCGCCGACCGGCUGAACCCACGCGACAGACUUGAGCGGAUCGUCAGAGAGAUGCUCGUCCCUAAUCUCAACCAGCGCAUCACAACGGCGCGUAUCAUGAGAGAAUUGUUUGUCGAGAGGGAACAGCCGCAGCCGCAGCAGCCGCAGGCUGUCGUGGCGCGGGCAUGA